AUGCGUUACGAAGAUUGGGAUAUACUUCUGUUCCCGCGCGAUGGCAAAGUCCCACUAAAGGAAUUCAAGGUGGCUUGUCAUGUAGUUCAUGACAAUGAGCUCUCACACAUCCAUGGCUCCCUCGGACUACCAACAGUCUGCUGCUUCGUUCCCAGUCUGCCGGCAGGCGCUCCGUACAAGCUAUCGAUACAUUCUUGGUCGACGCCGCCGAUAAGUCAGUUUAACAGAUCAUGCGGCAAGUUCGCCGAUCGAGUUGUCUUCGAAGUCCGGCUAUUCGUUGACGGGAGCAUGGUGUCGUCGUCUUCGAUGAACCGAGCAGGGCCUUGGCCUAAUGUCUUGAAGAAUUCAUUCGAAUUGUCUACUAGCGGGGAACUUGAGUCCCUCAAUUUCCCUGCUUUUCAGCGAGAGCUCCUGAACCAAAGCUAUUGGAGCCCAGCCGAUGAUCUCGGUCGCAUCAAAGUCGUCAUUAGCGAAAGCUACCCCCGAGAGUCACUCUCUGUGCCAUAUGAGAGACUCAAAAAUCUCGUAGCAUUUUCGUUCCAACAUGCACCACUGGAAAUACUGGAGAGCUCCUCGAUUGCCUGGCCAAACAGCUCAAUGUGGCGCACCAUGCCAUUCACUGCAUCGGCAUCGUUACCUACCAAACACUCGGACAGUGGCAGAUCCCAUGCACACUCACCUCGCCCACGAAACAGCAUCGCACAUGCGACUGUGUCAUUGACGGAAGCCGUAUCUAGCACAGAUCCACUUCAAGCGUCAAAGUAUAGAGACAGCCUGAAGCCGCCGGCGUUUUCUUACUUGGAUACUCAGCCGUCUCCCAACGUGGUAGCGUCCGAUCCCUUUGUUGAAGCCAACGCUUAUUUUGAAUGGCUCAGCGGCAUCGGAAUGGGGCUCACUGGUGACACAAACUCGACCCUGAAUCCCAAUGUCGCGGUUCGAAGAAACCAAAAGUCAAGCACGGACACAAGCAUGCCUGACUAUAUUUCCUCUGAUCAGACGCCGCUUCUAGUUGGGACCGAACAAGAUGGCUUUGCAGUUAGGGGCAGCGGUGAAGGGGACAAUACGCACAUGAAGGUUCCCACCAACACUCCCACGACCUGUGAUCUCAACAUUACAGAAACCGAAGGCGUACAUUUUGCUAUUCUUUCGAACGCUGACCCUGUCUCUGCGGAUGGCUCUACGAACAACUCGUUUCUGAGCCAGUCAGCAACUAUGUCGCCGCAGCUUCUCCCGACCCCGUCGAUGGAAGUCAAAUCGAGAAAGGAGAAUAAGGCAAAGCAGAUAGGCACACCUCCGACAGUCGCCGCUACCAUUUCCUUCAGUGGAGAGCCUGUCAGCGUCCGCAGAGUCUCUCAACAGCUAUUUAAGGCUGGUGGCCUUGUCAUGAAGGCUAGUCCUACCAGCGAAAGCGCUUCACGUCGCGCGAGUGCGGAAACACCAGGCAAGCGUAUUCGGAAUCUCACACCCACUUCGUCGAAAGUUUUUGAGGAGGACGAAGAGCCUCACAGAGCUAGCCCUCGCGUUCGAUUCAGUGCACUCGACGAAGCUGGGGCUAAGUAG